AUGAGUAGUGAAUCACGUGAACAAAUCCUGGCUGAUUUUCAAGACUGCACAGGUUUGGAAAAUAUGGAAGAAUGUAUCAGUUUUCUUGAACAAUAUCAAUGGAAUUUACUUAAUGCUGUACAAGCAGUACAUGAUCGAAUUGGAAGUAGAAAUGAUACAAAUAAUAAAUCAACUGUACCUAAUCGUUCAACAACCACAACAACAACAUCAUCAUCACAUCGUUCAAUAGUUUCACAACCAUCAUCAAUAGUGAAAAAACCUAUUCAAACAAACAGCAAUUCUAAACAUCGUUCAGAUUCUGACGAACAUGAUGAUUCAGAUGAACCACGUAUUACUAAAAUUUUACCAGGGGUUUCGAAAACAACUAAAGGAGCAAGUGGAAUAACAACUCGUGCGCGAGAUAAACUACGAUUAAAAAUUGAUGAAAAAUUACACGUUCCACCCAGUCAACAAAAGUUUUCCAACUGGGCUAUAAAACAUACAGAUCAAACAAUCUUAAAAGAUCUCCGUUUACCUCAAGAUAAUACUAUACAUCUGAUAUCCACAGCAUCAUCAAUAACAAAUGGCGCUACACGAUCUUCAUCAUCAUCAACAACAGCUGCAACUACUACUAAUCGAUCUCAUUAUCAUCCAGUAUCACCAUCAAAAAUUUCACCAACUAAAACUAGUGAUUUUCCAGUAACAGUAUCAUAUGAAGACAAGUCAGGCAAAAAACAUUUAUAUGAACUUGUUUUAAAAAAAACUUCAACAGUUGCCGAUAUGAAAAAAGAAAUUGAACAUGUAGCUCAUAUACCAGUUAGACAGCAAAGUUGGAAUGGUUUAUGUGGUGCCAGAGAUCCAGAAGAACUACAUCAUACAUCUAUUAAACCUAAAUCACAACUUGUUGUACGUAAAAUAGAAUCAUCAUCAUCAUCAUCAUCAAAACAACUAACACCAACAGUCAGACGUGAAACAAAACAACCAGUAGCGAACAGAUAUGGAAGUGAAGAUGAACCCAUGGAUAUUGAUCCUGAAAUUGAUUUAGAACACUAUGAUGAUGAUACUAAUACUGUACCUCCAUUUUUAUCUAGUACUACGACACCUACUAGUAUUUCAUCAAAUCGAGAAUUAUUAAUUCCUGAUCGUUGUACAGACGACGUAAAAGGUCUCGAACAUUUUACUCGUGUAUUUCAUGCACGUUAUGGAUCAACAGGUCCAAUACUUUAUAUUGGUUCAUUAGAUCAAGCUAUUCAAGAUUCAGUUUGUGCAUCUCGCGAAGAAAGACGUCCAUUAGCUAUUUAUCUUCAUAAUGAUCGAUCGGUUUGUGCUAAUGUCUUUUGUGCUCAAGUAUUAGCUGGUGAAACAACUAUUGAAUAUUUAGCAAAUAAUUAUGUUGUAUGGGCUUGGGAUGUCACAUCCGAUGCUAAUCGAACCAGAUUAUUAGAAGUAUUUAAACGAUGUUUAGGACAAUCAUAUGCUCAACGAAUAUAUGGAAUGGAAAAAGAUUCAUUUCCACUUUUACUUAUUGUUAUACGUUCUCGUGGAUCAUUAGAGUUAAUAAAUCUUAUUGAAGGUAAAAGUACACCAAGUGAAGUUUUACUUCAACUUAUACAAUCACAUGAUACAUUUGAACAACAACGACAACGUGAUGCUGAUGAUGAAAUAAUGCGUGAAAAACGUGAAAAUCUUAAAAAAGAACAGGAAGAUGAAUAUCAUCAAUCAUUACGAGCUGAUUUAGCUAAAGAACAAGCACGAUUAGAUGAUGAACGAAGACAAAAAGAAGAACACAAUGCUAGUGAAAAAUUAAAACAAGAACGACUACGAGAACAACAAGUAUGUAAAGCUCGUCUACCUGAAGAACCAAGUGAAACAGAAAAAAAUACUACUCGAUUAAAAAUUCGUUUACCAGAUGAUGAAGGUAUAUUAAUGCGACGUUUUCGUAUCAAUGAUACACUUCAAAUUCUUUUUGAUUAUUUAACAAGUCAAGGUCGAAUGUCUGGUGAAUAUAAAUUGUUAUCAACUUAUCCUAAACGCGACUUAACAACACUUAAUCGAUCAGACACAUUUGAACAGUUAAAAUUAUAUCCACAAGAACAACUUAUACUUGAAAAUUUGUAG